AUGGAUAGGAUUUUCGAACGCACCAUUAAGAUUGUUCCGUCAUGUAAUCGUGGUUCUUCGAAGAAGAAGAAAAUUUCAAUCAAGAUUCAACUUAGUGAAGGCAUUGCAACCAAUCCUUUCCUUCAGCAAUCCAUUCUUUCCAAUGUUGAGACCAAUCCUUUUCUAUCGUUCUAUGGCAACAGAAGUCAAUUCAGUGUAGUGCCAAGAAAUAUAUUUCUGCCACAAGAAAAUAAUUUUUCCAGCAGUGCAACUUGGAUUAACAGUAACAAUCCCUUCUUGAACAUUGGGACCGAUAUAAGAGUUGAUACAGAAUCUUCUGUUGCACCAGAAUCAGUUACACAAACACCUUAUAGGCCACUGCCAUCUGCACCAGUAAUUAAUACACCAUCAACAUCUUAUACACCAGCACCUGCUAAUAACCCUUUUAUAACAUCUCAUACGCAUAAUCCUUCUAUUAAAGUUGAACCUCCAUCCUUAAGCACACCAUCAUUAUCGGAUAUCAAGAUUGGCCCAACAAAGACAAAAUCAGAGCUUAAAUGCGAAGAAUACGUGAGAGAACUCGUAGGCACGACUGAGAUAAUGUCGCUGGUCGGCACAUCACCCGACGUGAUCAAGGUGGAUAAUGUCUGUCGGGAUGCAAAUCGCCUGAUUGUCGGCGGCACCGAGGCUAAGCCCGGUGAGUUCCCGCAUAUGGUCGCCUUGGGCAGACGCAACUCUGAUGAGACGUUCACUUUGAUAUGCGGCGCGACACUGAUUUCACAUACUUGGGUACUUUCUGCUGCGCAUUGCACUUAUGGGCCAAACAGCCAUCCCAUUAAUGGCUGCAACGAUGAAUUAGAUAAAGGCUCAAAGUCCAAAAGCAUUCCUCAAGAUUAA